GAGUAGGUGGGAGUGGAGUCUGACUGCAGAGAGAAACAGACUUCUCUCAUUCUCUCUCUCCUCCUCCUCACUGGCUGCAGCACAUCAGCUCUGUAGGUAGGCGAGAGGAAAGCCUGAUAGCAGCGGAGAGAAGAUGCCAGAGCUGUCAGCGCUCUGAGCUCCGCAGCGCUGGAACGUCUCCUCUGACUCCUCUGAAGGCUUCUGCUCCUGCUUCCCAUCUGAGGAGCAGCUCUGAGCGUUUCGCUCAAGAUCUGGUGACAAGGCACAACCAUCACAUUGACAACUGUUUACACUUAGCUGCUGCCUUCUCUGUGGUUGUAGUCGUCAUGGAAACCAAAGGUUUCCUCUUCAGCUGCAUAACUGCAGUGGUGCUCCUCCAGCUCUCCAGCGCUGGCCUUGUCAAGAAGGUCAUCCGCCACCGGAGGGAGACCCUGGUGCCUAAAAAAACCCAGGAGAACUUGACUCUUCCCCAUCCUGAGCAGCCUGUGGUCUUCAACCACGUCUACAACAUCAACGUCCCCUCCACCUCCUUGUGCUCUGUGGACCUCGACUCACCAGGCAGCACCGGGAUGAAACACAAGAGCGGCGCUCUGGACAUGCAGAGCACUGAGCACAUGGAGCACACGGUCGAUGGCGACAACCAGAUCGUUUUCACUCACCGUAUCAAUAUCCCCAAACAAGCAUGUGGCUGCGACAACCAGCUGCCAGACCUCAAAGACAUCCUGAACAGACUGGAGAUGCUGGAGUCGGAGCUGUCUAGUCUGAGGGAGCAGUGCAGCAGUGGAGCCGGCUGCUGUGCAGCUCAGGUUACAGGAGAGGUGUCAACGAAGCCAUUUUGUAACGGACGUGGAAACUGGAGCAUUGACACGUGCAGCUGCUCCUGUGAACCUGGAUGGAAAGGACCCAACUGCUCCGAGUCUGAGUGCCCCAAUGAUUGCCAGGACCAGGGUCGCUGUGUGGAUGGUCGAUGCGAAUGCUUCGAGGGCUUUGGUGGGGAUGACUGCGGGAUCGAGCUCUGCCUGCUGGACUGUGGCGAUUAUGGCCACUGUGUUGAAGGCUCCUGUCUCUGUGAGGAAGGCUUCAUCGGCGAGGACUGUUCUCAGACCAACUGCCUUAACAACUGCCUGGGUCGGGGCCGCUGUGUGGAGGACGAGUGCGUCUGUGAUGAACCGUGGACAGGUUUUGACUGCUCUGAGCUCAUCUGUCCUAACGACUGCUAUGACCGCGGACGCUGCAUCAACGGCACUUGCCUUUGUGAUGAGGGCUUCACUGGAGAGGACUGCGGGGAGCUCAGUUGUCCUGGAAACUGCAACAACCGUGGAAUAUGCGUGAGUGGCAAAUGUGUGUGCCAGGCUGGCUACACUGGAGAGGAUUGCUCAAAGCUUACUUGUCCCAAAGACUGCAAUGAGAGAGGCCACUGCUCCAAUGGGAAGUGCAUAUGUGAUCCUGGCUUUGAAGGUGAAGAUUGCUCAGUCCUCUCAUGCCCUGACAACUGCAGCAACAGGGGCCAGUGCAUCAAUGGGGAAUGCAUUUGUGACAUAGGGUACCAAGGAGAAGACUGCAGCAAGCUUUCCUGCCCAAACAACUGCCAAGACCAGGGCCGCUGUGUUGAUGGGGAGUGCGUAUGUGAAAAGGGCUUUGCAGGUGAAGACUGCAGUAUCAAGACAUGUCCCAAAGACUGCCUUGGAAGAGGAGAGUGUAUCGAUGGAAAGUGUGUCUGUUUUGUGGGCUUCACUGGAAAAGACUGCAGCGAGCUAACCUGCCCCAAUGACUGCCUGAACCGUGGUCAAUGUGUGGACGGUCAGUGUGUUUGCCAUCAAGGUUUUACUGGUGAAGACUGCAGCGAGAAGACUUGCCCUAAGAACUGCCAUGACAGAGGUCAAUGUGUGGACGGUCAGUGUGUUUGCCAUCAAGGUUUUACUGGUGAAGACUGCAGCGAGAAGACUUGCCCUAAGAACUGCCAUGAUAGAGGUCAAUGUGUUGAUGGUCAGUGUGUUUGCCAUCAAGGUUUUACUGGUGAAGACUGCAGCGAGAAGACUUGCCCUAAGAACUGCCAUGACAGAGGUCGUUGUGUCGACGGUAUCUGUUUAUGUUAUGAAGGUUUUACUGGGCUGGACUGCUCUGUCCUCACCUGUCCAGGAGACUGCUAUAACCAGGGUCGCUGUGAAAACGGAGUAUGUUUCUGUGAUGAGGGCUUCAUUGGAGAGGACUGCUCUGAGGUGUCGCCACCCGAGGACCUGUCUGUGAUCGAGGUGACUCCAGAAACAGUUGACCUUUCCUGGGACAACAAGAUGAAAGUGACAGAGUACCUAAUCACCUACGUGCCCACGGCCCACGGAGGUCUGGAGCUGGAGAUGCGGGUGCCUGGAGACAUGAAGGAGGCCACGGUUCGAGAGCUUGAGCCCGGUGUGGAGUACCUGAUCAAUGUCUACGCCGUACUCAGCAACCAGAGGAGCGUCUCUGUCAGCGCACGAGUCGCUACUCAUCUUCCAGAGCCGGAGGGUCUGAAGUUUAAGUCUGUGAGAGAAACGUCAGUGGAAGUGCAGUGGGAUCCACUGGAUAUCCCAUUUGAUGGCUGGAACCUGAUCUUCAGGAACACAAAAGAGGAGGACGGUGAGAUCCUGAACCCCCUCAGCCGCCCAGAGACCAGCUUUGAGCAGUCCGGUCUGGGUCCGGGUCAGGAGUACGAGGUCAAACUGGAGGUGGUGAAGAACAACAAGCGUGGACCUCCUGCUUCUAAGAACAUCGUCACGAUGAUCGAUGCUCCUAGUCAGGUGGAUGUACGGGAUGUGACGGACACCACGGCGCUCAUCACCUGGUUCCAGCCUGUGGCCCAUGUGGAUGGCGUCAGCGUCUCCGUCUGGCCCAGCUUUAACCCUGGAGAUCGGAAUGUAGUGGAGCUACCGUCUGCUGAGAGCCAGUACCACCUGGCCAGGCUCAGCCCCGACACGCAGUACCAGGUGUCCUUGACAGCCAAGAGGGGAGAGCAGAGCAGCGAACCCGUGAUUGACUCCUUCCUCACAGGUGAGAGUCCUGGAAUCCUUUACAGCUUUUACAGGCUUUGAUCCGGUGCC